UAUAUACGCAAAAGGUUUUGAGUGUCUUAUGACCUAUUGCCAUUCAUAUACGGCUCAAUUUAAAAUUUGUGUCUUAUAGGCGAAAGCCGUUUUUAAACGGCACAAAAUUUUGUACUGCACAGACGAGCGCCGUAUAUAAGCGUUGUUUUUACACACGUGGCCAAUGUUCAAAAACACCACAUGUUCUAUAUUUUUUUAUAAGUGAUAUAUUUUCCGUAAUAAGUGAAACGGAUGAUUAGUGUUGUGCACAAUGUCCUACAGAAUGGAUUUUUACGUGGACAGCAGCGAUGAAGAGCCAUUUGAAGACAGCGGAAGCGAAUAUUUACCAAGUGAAGAUGAAGAGUCUGAAGAAGAUGAUAUGUUAAUUGAUGAAUAUCAAGAUGUAAUGUUAGUAGAAAGUGUAAGUGAAGACAGUAAUCAUGAACUAGAAACCGACCUAGCGACGACAGAAAAAGAUUACGCCGACAUAAAAAUAAUUUGGGGAGACAGUGAUUUCGUUCCAACAAUUUUCGAAUUUGAUCCUACAAAUAGCGGCAUCAGGAAUGAUUCUUUGUCUGAAAAGUCCAUAGAAUUUGAUUAUUUUGCAAGCCUAUUUACCGAAGAUAUCGUAGAAUAUAUUGUAACCGAAACUAACCGAUAUGCUAAUCAAAAUCAGGCAAAGGAUUGGAAAGAACUUUCAACACAAGAAUUUUAUGUUUUUAUCGGUCUAACAAUGCUAAUGUCUCGAAACAAAAAAACUAAUUUAAAAGAAUAUUGGUCUACAGAUUCUUUGCUCGAGUCUCCAAUCUUUUCUAGAACCAUGCCUAGGGACAAAUAUAUGAGUAUUCUUUCAAAUCUUCAUUUUGUGAAUAAUGAAAAACAACCUACGACUAAACUAUAUAAGGUAGAAAAAGUCCUCAAACUCAUAAAGGAGAACUUCCAAAAACAGUUCUACCCGUUUGAAAAUUUAGUUGUUGAUGAAAGCAUGGUGUUAUUUAAAGGACGUUUAAGCUUUAAACAAUACAUAAAGACGAAAAGGCAUCGCUUUGGAAUGAAACUGUACGUUCUUUGUGAUUGUGAAACUGGAAUGGUUCUUGAUUUCGUUGUGUAUGUUGGAAAUGAUACAAAACAAUUUGUUGAAGAAAUAAAGGGUCUAGGAUCUUCAGGAUCUGUCGUAGUGUCUCUUAUGAAACCAUACCUUGACAAGGGACACAAGCUUUUCACAGACAACUACUAUUCCAGCCCAAUUUUGGCAAAUUAUCUUUUCGAAAAAAAAACGAACACCUGUGGAACUGUGCGUGAAAAUAGAAAAUAUAUGCCUACACUGAAAAAAAAACUGAAGAAGGGCGAAUUGUGUUCGAAAAGUAGCGAUAAAAUUCUUGUCAUAAAUGCACGAGAACAAAAUAGUAAUCAUGGAUAAAAUUGACAAGCGAACAAAUGAGGCUACGAAAAAACCACUGUGUGUAAUCAAUUACAACGAGAGAAUGGGAGCAGUUGAUCGCACAGAUAUGAUGUUGAGCAAUAUAGAAUGCAUGCGCAAAAGUAUGAAGUGGUACAAGAAACUUUUCUUCCACUCAUUAGAUUUAUUAAUUCUAAACUCGCACGCAAUGAUGCAAACAAAAAAUGUUAACAAAAUUCCUUUUGGUGAUUUCCAGCUGAAACUUAUUCGGCAAAUUUUUGAAAAGUAAGUAUCACCCCUGAAUUGUAACAUUUUUUAACUUCAUAUUUAACACAGGUUUCCUCUUGACUACCCUACUAUAAGAAUAGCUCGUGGUGUGCCAGAUGUUAGAAGGUUGGUGGAAAAACAUUUUCCUCACGUUGUUCCUGCAACACCGACAAAUAAGACACCUCAAAGAAGAUGUGUAGUAUGUUCGCAAACAAUUUUAGGACCCAGAAAGAGGAAAGAUUCACGGUACAUGUGUACCAUUUGCAACGUGGGGUUGUGUCUGACGCCUUGCUUCGAAAUUUACCACACUAAAAACCAAUACUGAAAGAAAUAAAAGUUGCUGUUGUUCAUAUGUACAAUAAAUAAUUUUCUGAUUUCUCUUUUCAUUAUUUCUCCAUAGAUAAACAAUUAAAUCGCCUAUAAACAUAGCAAACAUUUGUUGCCGUACAUAUACGGCGGUCGUCUGUGCGGCAAUAACAUCGGUGCCGUCUGAGAGGUAAGCGAAUAAAUUUUGAAGCCGUCCUUAAAGGGUUAAGGACACACAGUCGAUUAUUCAUCAACGAAACAGUUUAGUUGGAUUGGUUUGAAAUCGCGAUGCAUUAUCAAUUUAUAACCGACUAAACUGUUUAGUUGUUCAUAAAUCGUAUUGUAUGCACACA